AUGCAUCAGAGAAUUCAUACUGGUGAGCAGUCUUAUAAAUGCAGUGACUGUGGGAAAGCCUUGACUCCUGAGAGCCAACUCCAAGAUCACCAGCAAGUUCACGCAGCCAGUUUGCUGACCUGUGGGAUCUGCCAGGCUUCUGGUUAGGUCUUCAUCAGCCCAGACUCACUCUUAGGAGUGGAGAAAUACCGGACCAUCCUGACCCUAGAAAAUGUCCCAGGAGAUGUCCUGGAGUACAGCUGGUAUCGGGGCAAGGACAACAGUACAGGAAACAUGAUUUUCAGCGAUAAACCUCCCAAUACCCGAUACCCUGGACCCUUGUACAGUGGAUGUAAGAAUGUGACCUGUGCAGGUAUCCUGGUGGUGAGGAUGUCGACGGUAAACGACACAGGUAUUGAAGUGGACACCAGCAACGGGACCCAAAGAGCAACUGGCUGGCUCGAGAUCAUAAAUCCUAGUUUGGAUGCUCUUACCAACUCCUUGAACAUCAGUUGGUAUGUGAAUUUUGUACCAACCUCAGGCAGUAACUGCAUGAAGAUUUCCCCGGAUGGCAAGACUCUGAUCAUCCACAGAGUCAGUCGUUAUGACCACACUCUUCAGUGUGCCAUAGAAGAUGCCCCAGAAAUACUCCAGAAAAGUGAGAUGGUUCACUUGACUGUGGCCUAUGGACCAGACUAUGUGUCACUGUGGACCCAGCCCGGUUUCUUUGCUGGUGUGCUGACUGCUGGUAUUGGUUCCAGUGUACAGCUGGAAUGUACCUGUUUCUCCAGGCCGGAGCCCAGGGACCACUGGAUCCAUAACGGCCUCCUCCUGAGCAUCUCAGAGAAGAACAUGACCCUCCCCAGUCUCUCCUGGGAGCAGAUGGGCAGUUACCGGUGUGUUGUGGAGAACCCGGAGACCCAGCUGACCUUCUACAGAGAUGUCACCGUCCAGCCACCUCAUGAGUGCAACCACCAUGCUCUCCAAACUUUGCUUCCCAUGUGCUUUUUGUCUAGGCCGGAGGCCCCUCUGCUGCUACACCCCACUCCCAGCUUCUGGUGA